UCUAGUACAGUCCAAUCCUCGAAGAUGCCUCCUAAAACCAGUGGUAAAGCUGUGAAGAAGUCGGGCAAGGCCCAGAAGAACAUCACUAAGGGUGAUAAGAAGAAGCGUGGAAAGAAAAGGAAGGAAUCCUACGCUAUUUACAUCUACAAGGUUCUCAAGCAAGUUCAUCCCGAUACUGGUGUGUCUAGUAAGGCAAUGAGCAUUAUGAACAGUUUCGUAAACGAUAUUUUCGAGCGCAUUGCUGCCGAAGCUUCUCGUUUGGCUCAUUACAAUAAGAGAUCCACUAUUACAUCCCGGGAAAUCCAAACUGCUGUCAGACUUCUUCUUCCUGGUGAACUUGCUAAGCAUGCCGUCUCCGAAGGCACCAAAGCUGUUACUAAAUACACUAGCUCUAAAUAAAUUGACUACCUCAUUUGACUCUAUUUUUAAUCGGCCCUUUUCAGG